AUGUAUUUUAUAAUUAGAACUUGAUAAAAUGACAUUAAAAAUUAUAUGCUAUAGUCUAUUAAUUUUAAUUCAUAAUAGUUCUAUUCAAGCUCGAAAUCUUGAAAAUGAAUAUAAAUACAAUCAAGAACGAGAUAAAUUAAUUGAGGAAGAAGAAAAGUUAAGUCAAAUUGAUCAGAUCAAUUUAAAUGAAGAAGAAAAAAUUGUAGAUGAUUAUCUACACUUUUUGAAAGUUCAAGAGUUUUUAAAAACUUCCGACUCUUCGAUUGGUUUCCCUCCAGCAAGACCAAUUGAAGAGAAGCUAAAUGAAAUAAGAUCAUCAGAAGUGUUCCAAGAAUUGUCUAAAUUACCUAAAGGAGGAAAUAUGCAUACACACGAAAGUUGUUUCCUCUAAUUUCCUUUAAUUAAAAAUCUAUAUUUAAGAAUUUAAUUAAUUUCUCUUUUGCUCUUCUAUCAGAUUACAUUCUCGGUCAUAGAGCUGUUUUGGAAAUCUUGUUUAAUGCACCUGAAUUUGAAGAUUUGUACGUCGCUGAAGAAUCUAAUAGUCAAUCUCGACAUUAUUCAUUGGAUUUGUUCGUAAAUCCUCCACCCAUCAGUUCAGGUGUCAAAUGGGUCAAGGUAAAGGAUAAUUCAACAUACACUAUCGACUUUCUUGUGAAAAAGCACACCCUUAUGAAUAUUUUAACUGAUGAAGCAAAAAAAUAUCCAACUGACAGUCGAAUGCGUUGGAAAUUAAUGGAUACGCUAUGGGGAAAAGUUACUAGCACUUUUAGACACGUAAAUAUUAGAGCGAAAUUCUUAACUGAAUUAUUAAGUACUGUUUUAAAAGAAAACGUACAAUACAUGGAAACUAGAGCAAGUAGAAUUCAACGCCUAUACAUUCUAGACAAAUCUGGAGGUAGCUCUGAAAAUUUUGGUAAAAAAUAUAUUGACGAAAGUGAAGAAUACCCUGGUAAAACAAAUAUAGACUUUACAAGAGAAAUUGUCAACAAUUUUACAGCCAGCAACCCUGAAUUUAUCGGUUAUAAAAUCAUUGCAGCAUCAAAUAGAAAAACAACUAAUGAAAGAAUUAAAAAUGAUCUUAUUAUAUCCAAGGAAAUGUUCGAAAAAGCAGGAGAUAUGAUAAAAGGCAUUGAUUUAGUUGCUGAAGAAGAUAGUGGGAAAUCGCACAUGUUUUUCCUUGAAAAUCUCCUUAAUAUUUCCGGUAACCCUUCUCCUCUUUAUCAUACAGCUGAAACCAACUGGCCUGAUGAUUUACUACCUUCACCUUUUGAUAACGAUCCUGUUUCUGCCUUACAAAACACCUAUGAAUCUGUCUUGUUAGGAGCAAAACGAGUUGGACACGGAAUUGGGUUCUUUAAGCAUCCCUAUCUUUUAAAUGAGCUGAAAAAAAGAGACGUUGCUAUAGAGAUUUGUCCCGUUUCUAACCAAAUUCUUGGUUAUACUGCUGAUCUUAGAAAUCACCCAGGUAUUGGUUAUAUUCGAAACGGUCUACCAGUCGUUUUAGGAUCAGAUGAUCCAGGUGGUUUUGGAUAUGAUAACUUCACAAUUGACUGGUAUGAGGCUUUCAUGGGUUGGGGUUUAGAUCUACGAGACUUGAAGAAACUAGCGUCAAACUCGAUCAAAUACUCAGGAUUGAAUUCUGAAGAGAAAACAAUAGCUGUACAAAAAUGGGAGUCAUCCUGGAACAGUUAUAUUUCUACCACUCGACUAAAGGCUUGUAAACUUCAAUUUAAAAUAGAUCCUACAUUCAACAGAGUUCUGCCGAGAGAGGGCGCAUUGAAUGGAGGUGAAAAGGUUCAUAUCUACGGUAGACACUUUGAGAAGGGAAUAUGUCAAACCAUAAAAUGUAAAUUUGGAAAUUACGAAGAAACUGAAGGAGAAUUACUAAACACUUAUUUAAUCAAUUGUCAAGUUCCAUCGAAAUCAAACAAUGACGUAGAGGAAGUUCCAAUCAGUAUUUCGUUAAAUGGAACAUCUUUCAUAGAUACAGAUUUAUCUUUUACAUUCAAAUAUUAA